CCCGCCAAGAUCGGAAUAGUAAAGAGAAAAACUGAAACAGAUUAUAGUUUUAAAAGUUGUGAUUGUGUUUCAUCUGGUGGCAUGCAUCUUGGAAAUCGAAAUAAUAUGGACAAGUCUCGGAAAUGUAUUUUAUUGACCUUUAUAGCCAUUAUAUCUUUUUUAUCUUAUUUUACAAAGGUUUCGGCAUUGCCAACAGAGGGUUCAUCUGAUUCAUGGCCAACUUUUCCACGACGGAACUUAGCAGCACUUGCAAAAAAUGGUUAUCUCAAGAGCUUGAGGGGAGAAAAUUAUAAAAGAAGUAUUUCGACUCUUGCUAAAAAUGGAAUGCUUCCAACAUUCACAGCUCCAAACGAAGAUGCUGAUAAACAAGAAGAACAAGACGAUCAAGCACAAGAAAAGAGAAACUUAGCUUCAAUAGCUCGUUUUCGCAGCUAUGCAGCGAUAAAGAGAAAUGUCCAAGCAUUGGCUCGUGAUGGCUAUCGUUUUGGAAGAGGACAGUAUCAAUCAAAUGAUAAGCGAAGCCUUGCGUCACUCGCACGAAAUGGCUUGAUUCACAAAAAAAACGGAGUCAUUGGUGAUGAAUAUUAUCUUCCAUUCUACCAAAAUUCUAUUCCUCCUCUAUCACAAAUUGAUGGCCCUUAUGAUAUAAAUGAACUAUACGACUAUCAGCAAUCUAUUAAUCCUGAUAUGUUUCCUCCAUUGCAACAGUUGGCAAAGAGAGGCGAUGCUGAAUUUACACUACCAACAUCUGAAUAUCUUCAUAGAUUCGACCAAGAUGAAAAUUUUAAUUACAAAAGAGGUAUAGUUGGUAUGCCGGUCCAUGGACUAUAUCGACCAGUUUUUAUAGAUGGUAAUGGAAAUCAGAGAAAUAAGCGGUCCAUAUUUUCGAUUCCUGAUGUUGUCGACCGUAACGAUAUAUCAUUGCCUGAGGAUUACGAUACUCAAUAUGACGAUAAACGAUCUGUCGGAAGCAUUCCUCUGACAAGAAUUUCGGGAUUGGGGGACAUAUCACUGAUACCGAAGCUAGCUCAUUCGUCGAUACAAACAACGCCGACCUACAGACGCCGUCAGUAUCUUCUCACUCGCACCCAACAGGCCGGUACCUCCACAGAACGCUAAACGACUUGCCCAACGAUAUUCCCAACUCAAUAACCGGAUCUACUUCGUCCAGGCUGACCGAUCUCCUCAAUAAGCAUCCCUGGCAACAGGACAAUGCUGCACCAAAGUAUUAUUACUUCCGAUCCUUGAAAGUAG